CUUACCUGUCUACCCCUUACCUGUCUAUCAUUCUGACCUGUCUAUUAUUCUUUGUGCACUUAUUCUUACUACUUUUAUAAUGUUUUUUAUAUUUCUAUUACAGUAUUUUUAUAUCGCUUACUGAGCUUUAAGGUUUUUUUCUUUAUAUGUUAACGGAGACAAGUGAUAUCCAGCUGAACUGUGUUUACUCUAAUGGACAGGGGGUGGACAAGAAAGCAUUUGAAUCAGAGGAAGAGAGCAGUGAUGGUCACAGCAAGGCUUCGACGGAUGAAAAUGAUAAGGGAUCGACCACGAAAUCAAAGUCAUUCUGCAGUAAGGUGUUUGAACCUAUUAAUGCAGUUGAAAGAUACUGCAAGGAUCAUUCCAGAAUCAUCAAAUACAUUGUGUUGGCCUUACUUGGAGCAGGUUAUGUUUCAUAUUUCAUCACAGCAUGUGUGAUGAACAUUAAUUGGGCAAUUGCCCUUGUAGUUCUCACCAGUUUGGCAGUAGUCUCUAAAGUGUAUGACCUUGUAAAAAAGUACAAGGGAGAGGACAUUAAGCGAUGCUUCAAGCCUGCACACAGGUGUUUCAAGAGAAACCUGAGGUGGAUCAAAUGGGUAUUCAUACUGGUUGUGCUUGGCCUGAUCAUGACUUGGCUAGCAGUGGACACCAGCAAGCGACCAGAACAGCUCAUGUCAUUAGGGGGCAUCUGUAUGUUCGUCCCGGUCUUGUUCCUCACCUCAGCCCACCGAACGGCGGUGUCAUGGCGACCUGUCUUUUGGGGCCUUGGUUUGCAGUUUGCAAUUGGCGUGUUUGUGAUAAGGACAGAACCAGGUCUCAUUGCAUUCAAAUGGCUUGGAGAUCAAGUCCAGAUUUUUUUGAACUACACCAAAGCUGGGUCUGAAUUUGUGUUUGGAACAGAGCUCACUCAAGUCUUUGCCUUUCAGACAUUGCCCAUUGUGAUAUUCUUCAGCAGUGUCAUGUCUGUUCUCUACUACCUUGGACUAAUGCAGUGGCUAAUUAUGAAGAUUUCCUCAGUCAUGCAAGUUACAAUGGGCACGACAGCAACAGAAUCGUUGAGUGUUGCAGGUAACAUCUUUAUCGGCCAGGUGGAAGCUCCCCUGCUAAUCCGUCCAUACAUAAAGGACAUGACCCAAUCAGAGAUCCACGCAGUCUUGACAGGAGGCUUUGCCACCAUUGCUGGAAGUGUCAUGGGAGCAUACAUCAGUUUUGGGAUCGAUGCUGCCCACCUGAUAUCAGCUUCUGUUAUGGCUGCUCCCUGUGCCCUAGCCAUUUCCAAGCUUUCCUACCCUGAGACUGAAGAGAGCAAAUUUAAGAACGGUAAAAAUGUGAAAGUGGAUGGAGGGGGGCAGAAAAAUAUUUUGGAGGCCGCUAGUGGAGGAGCCUCAGCUUCCAUUGGACUUGUGGCUAACAUAGUCGCUAACCUGAUAGCAUUCCUUGCAAUCCUCGCAUUUGUAAAUGCUGCUUUGGAUUGGUUUGGGGUCUUGGUGGAUUAUCCAGGACUCACAUUUCAGUUAAUCUGUUCCUACGUCUUCAUGCCUGUGGCCUUCAUGAUGGGUAUACCUAUAGAAGAUGCCUACGUGGUGGCCGAGCUCCUUGGUACCAAGCUCUUCCUCAACGAAUUCAUUGCUUAUGAGAAACUCUCUGUGUUGAAGAACAACAGGCUCAAUGGCUUGACUGCUGAAACCAUCUCUGUCAGGUCAGAAAUUAUUUGCACCUAUGUACUGUGUGGCUUUGCCAACUUCAGUUCAGUUGGGAUGAUCAUCGGGGCCUUGUCAUCCAUCUGUCCUUCAAGAAAGAAUGACAUUUCCAGGCUUGUGAUGAGAGCUCUCCUAACUGGUACCUGUGUGUCUCUCAUCAAUGCAUGUAUUGCAGGUGAACCAAGACGUUAUGGCUGCAAAAGAACACCUUGUGCAGGUGUAUACCUCAUCUGGGAGACGGAGUGUUUGCCAGGAACUGGACCAAUGGCGAAUGGCAUGAAGAGAAUCCUUUUUGAUCGGCUUCGGUCCAAAAUGAAACUGCCCUGCAGUGGCAUAGCACCAACAGGCACUCAAACCCAUACUUGCAAACGUUUUGGCGCUGGGAACAAAAAUGCAGAGAAAGGUACAAGAAAAAUUUAAGUAGGAUGGAUGAACCAUUACUAUGGUAUUUUGAAACAGGUUUGAUGUCCAACUGGAGGUGGCACAAGAGAAAUUAUAGUCAGGAAAGGUGAAACCAUGAAAAAAAUCGUUGAGGAUGGAAAGACAAUGUUUUUUCCUAAUGGGAAAUCCACAAAAGGGCAUGUGGAUGACUUUGAAUUCACACUCUGUGUUAUGGGUUCAGAGGAGCCUUUAGAAGACACACCGUCUGUUGCAAGUCUUCUGCAUAAAAUACUUUAUGUCUGUUUGAAGAAGAAAAAAAUCCUGAAACUAAUUUGAAUGACCCCUCGUCAGGACAGCUCAUUUGCAGAGAACACUUGCCUUACAGCAAGCAAGACUUCAACUCCAGUCAGCCUUUCUCCAAGUGCUUGCUCUUCUACUAUGACCCUCCAGAGUUCUUCAAGCUUGUUCCCUAAUUGCCAGAUACACUAUAUUGCCAAAAGUAUUGGGUCACCUGCCUUGACUAGCAUAUGAAUUCGCUAAUUUCUCCCCACAGAAAAAACACAGUGCCUUGGGUGGGUUACAACUUGUUGACGUAAAUCCAAAUAAAACAUAUUCUUCAAGAUACAGCCGGAAUUUUGCCGGCUCUGGUUUGGUCUUCUUUGCCACUUGUCCCUCCGUGUUUUCACAAGAAUUACCGCUACGCUUCAACCACGACUCCAUCGUUUGAGUUUUGACAGUGAUUGACAGGUGAUGGCGGGUGGCAUGUGACA